AUGGAAGCGGAAGGGAGGAGUGAGCAGGGUAAGCAAAAGAAGGGGCCACUUUGCACCAGCCCCUGGCCCCAGAGCCACGGCAUCGCCGCUGGGACUCUGACCUCCACGGCCGACACCAGCCCUCGGCCCUACAGGAGCCUCUCCGGUGUAGGAGUGCGGAGACCAAGGCUGUCCCCCCACGGAGGACAGAGGGGUCGCCCGCACUCCCGACGCCGCCACCGCACCACCUUCAGUCCCUCACAGCUGGAGCAGCUGGAGGCAGCCUUUGGGAGGAAUCAGUACCCCGACAUUUGGGCCCGAGAGGGCCUGGCCCGGGACACAGGCCUCAGCGAGGCCAGAAUCCAGGUCUGGUUCCAGAACCGCAGAGCUAAGCAGAGGAAGCAAGAGCGGUCACUCCUCCAGCCACUGGCCCAUCUGUCUCCUGCCACCUUCUCUGGUUUCUUGCCCGAGUCCCCUGCUUGCCCCUACUCCUACCCAACACCGCCUCCACCCAUGACCUGCUUCCCUCACCCCUACAACCACGCCCUUCCCUCUCAGCCCUCCACAGGCAGUUCCUUUGCUCGACCCCACCAGCCUGAAGACUGGUAUCCCACCUUGCCUCCAACGCCCACUGGCCAUCUGCCCUGCCCCCCACCCCCUUCCAUGCUUCCCCUCAGCCUUGAGCCCCCAAAGUCCUGGAACUAA